AUGGCGCAGACCCGCCUCAGUGCUCUCGUGGCUCUGGUCGAGGGUGAACGCCAAGAGCGGUCAGAGGAGUCCCGGCGGGUGUGGUGCCGGCUCGAUGAUCUCCACGCCAUGAUGGUGGCGAUGCAAGGAGGGCGACGACCGUUGUCGGCAGGCAGAGACGAAGUGCCAACCGCGAGCGGGGGAGCUGCAGUGCGACGGCGGGGAGGUCAGGGCGAGCGCAGCGUUGGCGGCGGCAAGCGGUAG